CUUUUGGAGGCUCGGAGGGAUCCGCUCGCUCGUGUCUGUGAUGAAGGUGGUCAGUGCAGAGAGUGUCCAGAACAGAGUGGCCCGAGCCCUGGGGAACCUGGCCAUCGACCCAGAGAACUCUGCUCUGAUCCACGAGAUGGGUGGUAUUCCCUCCCUCCUCAGCACCCUCUCCUCCUCCCAGGACCCUGAAUGCCUCCACUCCGUCCUCAGGGCUGUCCGAAACCUGAGCGACACGCCUCGGCACCGCCUCUCCCUCCUCUCUCGGGGCGUCCUCCCCCUCCUCCUCUCUCUCUGCGCCCCGGAGACCCCCCCGAACACGACCCAGGCCUCCCUCCGCGCCCUGGCCGAGCUCACCAGGGGCUGCUCCCCUGAAUGUGCCCAGGAGCUCUCCCAAAACUCAGCCCUGGCCAAACUGGGGGCCCUGGCUUUGUCCCCAGAGCUGGGCUCGGGGGUGGGGGAGUGGAGCCUCAGGGUGCUCUGCAACGCCUGCCUGCAGGGGAGCCUGCGGCCCUCCGUGGGUUCGGCCGGGGUGGUACCCCGAAUCGUGGAAGGGAUCAGAAAGGGGGACCCCGGUAAAUCGGCCUACUUGGUUCGGGCCCUUUGCCUGUGCUGCAGGGAAGCCGUGAAUCGCAACAAAAUCCGCGAGGCCGGGGGGCUGGAGCUGCUGGUCAGCCUGCUCUCCCAGUCCAGUUCCCAACCCGGUUCCCAGUACAGACUGGUGCUCUUCGCUUUCCUGGACUUCAUCUACGACGACUCUGCCCUUGAGGCGCUGCAGGGGGCGGGGCUGGUCCCACUGCUUGUUUCCCGAUUGGUGGAGCUGGCCCAGGGGGCGGGGCUCGAUGCGGGCCCAGGGGAGGCCCAGGGGGCGGAGCCAGAGGAGACGGAAGGGGAGGAGUCUGGGCUGCUGUACACGCCCUCUUUCGAUUUCCCCUUGGAACGGGCAGCCAUGAGAGACCGAGCUUCAGAAAGUCAAGGAUCUGCCAGCUUUCUCAGCCUCAGAUCCUGGCUGAUCUCUGAAGGCUACAUCGCCAGUCCAGGGGAGCUGUCGCCGCAGUGGUCUCCUGUAGGGGGCGCUCUCGACUUGGAUUGCCUGGAGGGAGGAGGAGGAGGAGGCGAUGGGGGGGAGGGCUCAGCCCGUUCCCUCAGCCCUAUUCUGGGAGCCCCCAAUCUCGAUCAAACCUACUCCCCUAAUCCAGACGCUCCCCCCACGCGGGAAUCUCAGAGACGAAGGGAGUUGGUAGAGACAGAAGUCCUGCCCGCGGGAAGACGAGGGGACACGGAGAUGGACACGUCCCCCCUGAUGCCGGACAGCCGGGGGUCUGAGGAGAGGGCGGGGACAAUUGGGGGGACGUCCCGCCAGGAGGGGACAGCGGACAGGCCAUCCCUCGGUGUACCGGAGGACAUGGACAGUGCCUUAAGAAAAAGGAGGAGGGGGAGGAGGAAGAGGGAGGGAGCAGAUCUGGGGGAGUCGAACCCGAUUUCGGACGGUUCUGGCUGGGGGCCGGAUAGAGGCGGGGAGGGGCCCGGAGCCGGUCUGAUUGUCUCCCGCUCGUUCGUGUCUUGUAAUAACCCGGGAUUCGCCCCAAUGGGAGCCAGGACCGCGUCAACGAGCUCCAGAGACCCGGGUUCGAAUUCCAGAAAGGGUAGCGAAACCACAGAGCUUUUCAUAACGAACCUUGUUAAAGAUGAAGAUGAAGAGGAGGAGGAGGAGGAUGAUGAUGUUGAUGAAAAGUUUACCGGUUCCAAACCUCGAACCUCCAACCGGGCGCCGCCUUCCACAUCCGGUGUCCAGCCUGUCCAAAAAACGUCCGCCGCCGCGUCCGCUAAGAGACACAACAGCCUGUCUCUUCGCUCUCUCAACAGGAGUGCCGACGCAGCCUCUCACAGCCCAGAACCUGAAACUGAAACGUUAAGUCCGACCUUGGGUCUCGACAACUUCCCGUCCCCUUCCCUGAGCCUCUCUGGGAACCCCGAUACCCUUAAACCUUCCUAUUCCUCUCCCCGUCCUAAAACGGGACCCCACUUUUCCCCCUCCGUCCCCCUUCACCCCUCGGAUAGCAGGCUCCCAGCUUUGGGGAUCAAUCCUAACAAUGCCAGCAGGCGAAAAUUACGCGGCCGUUCCCAUUCCUCGAUCCCGAGCGACUCCUCCUCGUCAACCGGCACAGAACGGGGGGCUGGCAGCGUCCGUCACCCCCCGAACCCAUCCGAAGAGAAGAGGCCCCAGCCGCCCGUCCUGCAAACCCCACAAAUCCGCCUGUCCCACCCCUAUCACCCCGAACCGUGGGGUCCGGAUGCGCCCAUACUCCUCCUUCUCUCUCGUUUUUCCCAGUCACUGGACCCCAGCCCUGUGCUGGUCACCCCCCUCGUUCUGGGGGGGCUGCUGGAUUACCUCACCCUGUCCCCCGACCCCUCCCCGCGCUGCUUUCGCCUCUUGGGGCGCUUGACCUGUAACCCCAACUGCCUGGAAGCCCUGGUGAGGAUUUUCGGGGUGAGCCUCAUC